CCUCCCUGCCUCCUUCCCCGGAGGUAUUUCUCCAUCCCUGAAGGGAAGUGAGCCCUGCCCUCCUCAAACAGGGUGGGGAUCCUACCUGCAGGUUCCUGACCUGGAGGCGGGAGCCUGGACUUGGCCCGUAAGGUGGGUGGACGGGGAAGGGGGUGGUUACUUGAUUCCAGAAAUAGACCUUUAAAACAAACAUCACCAUUUCAGAGAAAUUCAAGCUAUUAAUCUGAAGCAGUUGUUUUUGCUUACUUUUUUGAAUCAGCAGCACCAGCACAUGCCUGCUAGUAAAAAUUCAAGAGCACAAAAGCAUGUGUAGUAAAAAUUAAGUCUACUUCCCACCUCGGUGCCAGAGACAUCCCCUUCCUCUCUUUACUAAUUGCUUUUCUCCUUCAGGGGAUGAUUGGUGCAGAAGGAAGUAUUUGUCUGCUUUGGGUCUUCAUUUUGACACAGUGAAGACUUCUGUCCCUGCUGACUUCACGUAGCCAUGUGCCUUCCUUGGGGUCUGGCCACACCAGUGCCUACAAGCGCACUGCGUGUCUUUCUCAGGGCUGCCAGGUAGGGGUGUAUGCAGGAGACAGAAGUCAAAGGUUAUUAUACACCUUUGUGGUUGUGGGACAUAUUAAUCAUCAAAGUGACCCCCAGAGAUGUCGGGGGCAGCUGCUGCACGGCAGGGUGAGUGGACUAUGAGGGUGAGGGGGCACUGUCCCCCACUUCUCUCUGGGGCUGGUGAGUCCUUAAUGAGCUUUGGAGCCCCUGCUAGGUGGCAGACAAUGGGCAACAGUGGUGUCUAAUCUUAGCAGCCCUGGAGGUUGGGACACUGCCACGCAGGAGAGCCCUGCCUGUGCUGGGCUCAGAGUCGGCUGACUGUCCUGGUCCUGGCAGUGGCAGCUGGGGGGAACCUGGGUGUGUCCCGCGGAGGUCAGGGCCUUUUGGCUUGAGUGUGCACUGGGUGCUUUGAGUACCAAGGGCUCUGUAAACUGGGGCACUGCCCCCCUCACAGGUGGCAGUGGAGCUGGCGACUGGGACCAUUGUGGAUGGGAAAAGGUGGGCCCACCAGCAGCCACUGGCCUGGCCCUCGGGACUCCGGGGACUAGUUGGCAUUGUGGGAGCCCCAAGGUUGUCAUCACCUGUUCCUGCUUUGCUGCGAAGCAUGCAGAGACACAGCAAGGUUGGGAGCAGGGAGGGAAGCAGGCAAGGCUGGGCUUGGGGAGACCGAGGGUCCACCAUCUGAAGAGGGGGCAGCUGUUGCCAUCCCAGUGUGUGUGGGGGCAUGCCUAUGUCACUGCAGGCCCCACAGGUGUGUUCAUGGCUGUGGGGGUGGUGCUCUCCUCUGCCCAGAGGGUAGAUUUGCAUCCCGACCUCGAGUAAAACAGGGUUCCUGGCUGGUUUUUCCACUGAGUGUGGAGGAGGGUAAGUGUGUGGGCUGCAGCCGGGGUGGGGACACAUGGCUGUGUGUGCCUUCCUUUCCCCAAAGAAAACUUGUUUGCAAAUUUACUGGAAAAAAAAUAGAUGCUUAAAACCAGUUCAGGUUCCUGAAUCUGCAGCUGCAGAGACUUUGUUUAGUCAUUCAACAAAUGCUCUGUGCUAUGUGUUGGGAACCAUAAUAAUGGCAGUUCCUGUUUUGUUACUUGCUACUCUGUGUCAGAUACAUUAACAUGGAUUCUGUCAUUUAGUCCUCCCAGUGUCACUCCCCAGCCCCGUGAAAUAGGUGUUACUAAUACCCUCAUUUAGAAGUAAGGAAACUUGAGGCACACGGAGGCCAGCUUACCCAAGGACACCCCCCAGUGUGGCUGCAGAGCCCAGGCUCCAAACGACCACAGAUGGAGAGACAGCAGUGGCUAGUGUGCUUGGCUGGGGAGAAAAGGAAGCAGAGACCGGGCUGUGGGAGCGCCUGAGGCCCCCACCCUGGCCCGGAGGCCUGGGCAAUGCCAGAAUUGAGUUCUUUGGGGACCAGUAGAAGUGGGCCUGUCAGAGCUGGCAGGCACUGCCCAUGCACGGUCACAGAGCGUUAAGUGUGGUGGGAAUGGGGGCCCAGGUUGGGGUGGCAGGGCUGAGGUGGCCAGAGGAGAAGAGGGGUGCCCUGUAGCGGUGCAGCACAAUUCCUGAGGGGCCUCGGGCGCUGAGUGGGGUGGUGACCGGGUCAGAUCUGAGGCUGCUGCCUGGACAUAGACGGGAGCAGGCCCGGCAGGAGGCGGCCCGUGCUUGGCCUCCCCCCGGGGGGAGGGGGGUGCGGGCAGCUGGGAGGCUGCCGCAGGGACCCUGCCCCUAGCCCCGUGCCGCACUCCAUGUGUCCUCGCACUCUCAGAUCUAGAGCCCCAAGGCCAGCCCAGGCCUGGCUGGCAAUUCUCCACUAGUAUCAGUCAGAAUCUUAGGGCAUGGGCACAAGGGCAAAGGGGCUAAGGACCAGAGCUAUUUCCGUUCUUUUCCGGGAAGGGAAUAGCUCCCUGCAGACGGGGCUCAGGCUGGAGGAGAAAGGGGAGUCAGGGUGUAGAUGCAAAUGAGGUCUGGGGCUGCUUUCCCUGAGAAAUGGCCAUUUGCAUUGACACCAAGUCUACUGGGAGCCUGACGACAGCCAGAGCGCCAAGUCACAGUUCCUUAAAUGGCACACUAGCCGCAGGCUCCAGGGCCUGGUAUGUGUCAUGCACAUGCGCGUGCGCGCACACACACACACUCACUCACUCACUCACUCACUCACACUCACUCUGCUUAUAAUCUAUGCAGUGUUAAAACCUCCCGUCCAUGAAAGUUGUCUCCAUUUAUCUGGCUGUUUUAUGUCUUUUAUGGAGUUUCAAACUUUUAUCUAUAAAGAUUUUAAGCAUCCUUUAUCAGAGUCAUUCCUGACCAAAAUUUUGUAUUUCUGGAAAUAGGUAUUUUCUAUUAUAUUUUCUGGUGGCCUUGUAGGAAUGCUACUGGCUUUUGAAUUUGAUCUUGUAUUUGGCAACCUUGAAACUCCUGGUAGUUCCAAUAGGUGAUUCUCUGGGUUUUCUAUAUAAAUGUUCAUAUCUCCUAAAAAAAUCUUCCCUUUUCUUUUAUUGAAAUUAAUCAUAUUUUCUUCUGCUGGCUUCUUUUAGAGGUUUCCUCUAACUUGCUCAGAUAAUCUUCUCAAUUUAAGUGUAACUUAAAUCCAGGUAAGUCGUCUUAACUCUGCUAGUGCCAGUGCCUUCCCCUCCCCGCCAGCCCCUUACAUCUCCUUACUCUGUUUAAGCAAAGGAAAUUGACAGCGACACUGUGGAUGGAACAUGGUAUUAAUGCCGAAGGGGCCACAUGGCUGGAGCUCAGCCUGGGAAUGGGGUUGGCCACUUGCAGCAGCCCUAUGUUUAAAAGGCAAAUGGACAGAAUUCAACCCCUGCUAUAGAAGUAGCUUCAAACCAUACUAGUUUUGUUGUGUAGUUUUUUCUGAAGUGUUGUCAAAACUUCGCGUUGCAGAGGGGUCUCUAUUCACCUCAGAGCUUUUAACUGCUACCAUGCAUUCUGGGAACAAAUGUGUGAAGCUUUGUGCACCAGAAUGUUGCCUGUGCUGGGAAUUUAAGUUGCUAACAGUAUUUUAGAGUUAGACAUGCUGCUGUGUCCCUCCCUGUCCGGGUACGCUGGCCUGACGGUCUGGCAGAGUCGCCGGGCCUGGGACCUGUGUGCUUUCAGCACUUUGCCUGCAGGUGCCCUCAGCAGGUGGCAGCCCCCAUCCCGGGUGCUGGGGCCACCCUCCCUCCACCCACCAGAUCUGACCUGACAGCGCCUUUCAGCCCCAGGGACGGUGCUGUCCUGACAGGUGCGAGUGGCACAUGUCAGGCCGCAGGCUCUGUGUGGCGGCUGUGGCUGUGUUUACUCAGUCCCAGUGCCUGCUGGAGCUGCUUUUUGUGUUAGACUUUCAUCCAGAACAGAUGUAAAACUCUUCUGUUUCCCUCCCUUUCCAUCUCUGUGAUGCCAAUUCUGGGCAUUGAUUCUGUCUAGAACAAUGCCAUCCUUAUGUGGUUUCUUUUCUCAAAGGCCAGAGUGCCCCAGACCCCACAUGCCUGUCCGCACCCUUGACGGCGUCACAGCAGUCUUCUCUUUGCGUGCAGCUUGGACGCGUUGUUGGCAUAAACUGUCUAGACGUGCCCUGAGACACCUGGAGGAUCCGAAACUGACCUCUGCCCUUUGCAUUUCCAGCUUCACCCUUUAAUGCCGGAAGCAAGUGAUGGGCACACUCCUGUCCAGCCUCAGUGUCCCCGCAGGGCGCCUGCCUGCAUUGGUCCGCUUGGUCUGCUUCAGGGAGAAGAAAUGUCUCAAGCAGGAGCCUUUUCCAGCGACCUCCUUUUGGACACUUUCCUGCGUGAGCAUGGCCCCGAAGCUCUGGAGGUCCCUGGCGUGACCGAGCUCACGGAGGAUGAGGAUCCCGGGUCCUCCCUGUACAGUGACAACCGUGAUGACGUGGCCAUGCGGCUGGCCUUCAUUGGGGAUGAGAUGGAAGUGAGAUGGAUGCUGCCCCACAUUGCUGAGCUGCCACGGAUGGCCAUGUACAGUUUGGCUUUCCCCUACAACCAGGCAGGCCUGAGGGCUGUUCUCAGAAGUUUGACGGAUGGUCUCACUAACCUCAGGGAGAACAUAAGCUUCUGGAGCCUACUGACCCUCAGGGACUGGGUGCUGCCCCCCCGAGGGCGCGAGUUGGUGCUGUCCGCACUGCUGGUGCUGGCGCUGCUGCUGGGCUGGGGACUCCGCCUCCUGCAGUGACGCCGGCCCCCCUCCGUGGGGGUGGGCUGGCCCCGCCCCCGGACCACCACCCUGGAGGUGUGGCCUUGUUGGUUUUGUCUUUUUAACUGUUUUCUGAUGAUCCCUUUUUUAUAUUUAAACUCUGAGUGCUGGGACACUACUGAGGUUUUUCAUACUAGUUUUUUCUUGUUUUCUUUUUUUUGUAAGACAAAUGAAUUCACUGUACCUCUAGGGUGGUUACUGGUUAACUGCUCACACUGAGGCCUGGCCGGGCCUGCUCUCCGGGCCCCAGCCCACCCUGCGUGGCCGGGCCCAAGGAGCCAUCCUCCCCCGGGCUGGUGGUGUAGCGGGGCAGGGGUAGUGCCGGUCACACCCCUGGGUCUGUGAUGCCCCCGGCAGAGAGCACCUGGGAUAGACCUGGGGGGAGGAGGGCUCAAUAAACUGUUGGUUCCA